AUGCAGGCCGACGUCAAAGCUGCCGCCAUUGAGAACUUCCAGGAAAACCGCGAUGGCUUCAUCGUGGAGCUCGACAAACUUUCCGAGGGACAGACAGGAGGCAGAUGGGUCCCUCAAAUCCAAACCUACCUCCGCAAAAUCAUCUAUACAUUGUCCAUGUGGACAUUGAUUCGGGAGGGUUCCGAGAAGGAGGGCAAUUGCUUCGAAGAGAGGUGCAAUAACCUCAUGGUCUUGAUUGAAGAGAUAUCUGAUAGCGUACGGGUGAUCCUUUCUACUAACGCCGAUCUAAUGACCACCAUCGAGGAUCCGGUGCUCAUGAAGCUGUUCGACAUGCUGUCUAUGCAAGUUGGAAGUCUCACUCUGCACGGAUUGAGCGAUGAGGACACCGAAGCAGUGGAGAGUGCCAAGAUGGUUGAGCGUGAGCAGCGUCGAUGGGAGCUCAAGCUUUUCGAAGAAGAUGACGAAAGACGCAACUAUCUUCGAAUGAUUUGGGCCCGAUUGUACUACAAGGUGCAUGAUUGCCCAUGCCGACAGUGCUGCGAUUUCUACCUGCCUACCGAGGAACCUACCCCUUCUCCUCCCCUUCCAGAUUUGCCUGCGGAGGAAUACUAUUCGUCCACGACUUCGUCCAGCAGUGAGGAGGAAUAA